AUGUUCAAUUCGAAGAGACCGUGUGUACGUAAAGAUUGUCCAUUAGCACAACGUACUGUUAGGGAUGGAGAUUUAAUAGGGAUAAACUAUCCAUUACGUUCUCCAUCCAGCACCAACAUUCAUCCGAAUGCUCGAUGGCAACAGAAUGGUAUCACUGUAGCUGGAGGAAAUCGACAAGGCAAUGGAGUCAAUCAACUCUCAGACCCAUUGGGUUUGUAUGUUGAUGAUGAUCAAACAAUCUAUGUUGCUGAAUGGUCGAAUCAUCGUAUUAUGGAAUGGAAACGAGGUGCAACGAGUGGCCAAGUGGUUGCCGGUGGAAAUGGACAAGGAAGUGGAGAUCAUCAAUUGUCUAACCCAAGAGAUGUGAUUAUCGACAAAGAGAGAGAUAGUCUCAUCAUCUGCGAUCGUUCGAAUAGAAGAGUGGUUCGAUGGCCUCGUCGAAAUGGGACAAAUGGAGAAACAAUCAUCUCCAACAUCCGUUGUUGGGGUUUGACAAUGGACGAGAAUGGAUCUCUCUAUGUCACUGACUUUGGAAAAAAUGAAGUGAGACGAUAUCGAAGAGGAGAAUCUCAAGGAACAGUGGUUGCAGGUGGCAAUGGACGUGGAAAUCGUCUCGAUCAACUCUUUGCCCCAAACUACGUAUUCGUCGAUCGAGAUCAUUCAGUGUACGUAACUGAAUGGGACAAUCAUCGUGUGAUGAAAUGGAUGGAAGGUGCAAAACAAGGCAUUGUCGUGGCUGGUGGUCAAGGAAAAGGAAAUGGUCUUACACAAUUGUCAUCUCCAGAAGGAGUCGUUGUCGAUCAAUUGGGCACUGUCUAUGUGGCUGAUCGAGGAAAUGAUCGAAUCAUGCGUUGGCCUAAAGGAGCCACACAAGGAAGUGUCAUUGUUGGUGGAAACGGUAGUGGAGAACAAUCGAACCAACUCAAUUGGCCCGUCGGUUUAUCAUUCGAUCGACACGGUAAUCUAUAUGUCGUCGAUAAGGAAAAACAACGAGUCCAAAAAUUCGAACUUCUAUCCAAUCCGAAGUAAACCGAAAAAAUGGAAAAUAACAUUCGAAACAAAACUUUCAUGAAAUGACUCACCCAAUU